ACGAAGAAAACAUAAACAUGUCUGGCAGAGGCAAAGGCGGAAAAGCUCGUGCAAAGGCCAAGAGCCGAUCAUCCCGUGCCGGGCUCCAGUUCCCGGUCGGCCGUGUCCACAGGCUCCUGAGGAAGGGUAACUACGCUGAGCGAGUUGGUGCCGGAGCUCCCGUUUAUCUGGCUGCUGUCCUGGAGUAUCUGACCGCCGAGAUCCUAGAGUUAGCUGGAAACGCUGCCCGCGACAACAAAAAGACCAGAAUCAUCCCCCGCCACCUUCAGCUGGCCGUCCGCAACGAUGAAGAGCUCAACAAGCUGCUGGGAAAAGUCACCAUCGCCCAGGGAGGAGUUCUGCCCAACAUCCAGGCUGUUCUGCUGCCGAAAAAGUCUGAGUCGAAGGCUGGCAAAACCAAGUAGAUACGCUCUACUCCAUACUAAAC